AUGGCUCUUCCUCUUCUGGGAAGGGAAGAACCCACAACCGCACGAGUCCUGCAGGAUGCCCUAGGCACUGUGCUGUUACCACUGGGUGAACUGGAGCCGCAUUCCAUCUCGCCCAGACUGGAAGCGAAAGACACUCGUGGACCCCGAGUCGCCGGCGGGGAGAGCGAGAGCCCAGGUCCGGGGCGGACUAGGGCGUCCGCGGCUGGAAGGCCUGCCCGGAGUCCCCCGAACCCGCACCCCGGCCCUCUCGAAAGGGCCGACAGGUACGCACUCGCUUCCGGCGGGCCCCAAAGCUCCAGGAACCGGCAGGGGUGGGAGUGGGGGGUCGGGGAGGGCUCCCCCAGCCGCGAGGGACGCGCCCCACCCCGGGAGUGCCGCCCGCUUCCCCGAGCCAGGCCGCUCGGGAAGCGGGGCUGGCGACGCGGCCCGGCCCGAGGUGGGCCUCGCCUCUACUUACUGCUCCGGAGCCGGCCCCGCGUGGCGCGCCUCGCUUUCCCCGCCCCGAGCGCGGCCGCUGCCACCACCCGCCUUAAAGGGCCGGGAGCCAGCCGGGAGCCGGCAGCGCGGGCAGGCAGCGGAGGUGGGCGGCGCGCGCGCCCGGAGACACGCGUUUCCGGUCCCUCCUACCCCGGGCAGGUGCUCCCGGUGCGCCGCAGGGCGCGGGGCGCAGGUGUGCUGGGCGCGCGCCGGAGGAGGACGCUGGUGAGGAGGGGUUCCGGCCUCCCUCCGGAGGGUCCCCAAGUAUUCGGGCCGCCAAAUCAGUUUCCCGGACGCCGAGGGCAGCGUGGGCGAGGAGCGCGAGCGGAGCGAGGUGCGGAGCCGCGGAAGCAGAAUAGUCCUGACACAUUCAGUCUGGGCUGGUCCCUUGAACAAAGGAGAUGUAAAGUCGAGCCAGCGCCGGGCAUCCUCGGUUUGCACGGAGUGUGUAUGGGGAAGCUGGUCGCAGGGAGCAGCAGGGGCUCCCCUGGCCACAGUCUUUCCUGGCUGCACCUGGCUUCUCGGAGCCUCUGGGACAUCAGCGUAACCGGAGAAUACAUUUCCUUUUCUUGCUUAAGCUGCCUUGAGGGCCCAAUGCACACCUCGAGAAUCAUGGGAGUCGUAAUGAAUCGUGUGUUUUCCGUUGUUUGUUUUUAGGAAGAAAAAGUACACAGAAUAUAAACAUUCAAUAAGGUCCUGGUAUAUAAUUCAGAGAUAGCUAGCUUACUGUCCUAUUUGCCAAACAACAAAUACGAUCCUAACAGUUGAACAUGUGUUCAAAAGACAAAAGUCUCCUCUCCACGCUCGGGUCAACAGAUGACCUGAGUUGGCACAGAUCCUGAUAUAUGUUGAUGGCAUGGAAGCGUGAUCUCCGGCGACAUCUUUCUGCCCACUCUAGGAUGAAGAGGUGGCCCUUCUGCAUACCAAAAGUACCAGCUCUGGGGCACCUGGGUGCCUCAGUCGGUGGUGCCUCAGACUCUUGGUUCGGGCUCAGCUCAUGAUCUCAAGGUCCUGGGAUCAAGCCCCGUGUCGGGCUCCAUGUUCAGUGCAGAGUCAGCUUGGAAAAAAAAAAAAAGGUACCAUCUCUGUGGAGGUGCAGUGCGAGAGUUGGGGUUUAGAGUUGCAGGACUUGAACUCUAGCUCCCCUCUCGCUAGUCCCAGAUCAUGCAGCCUUGGGCAAGGCACUGCCACUCCCAUGUUUUCCAUUUUCUCACCUGUAAAUGGGGCUGAUGAUAAUCCCCACCUCGCUGGGCUUGCUGUGAGCAUCAGAGGAGGGGAGGUACAUAAAAGGGAAUUCGCAUCUCUGUGCCUCAUUCUCCUCCUCUGCAAAAGGAGGAUCUUAUCACAAGGCAGAGGCCGCAGGCUUGAUGUGAGGAGGAAGGGGUUCCCUCUUGCUCAGUGCUGACAACAGUGCCUGACCCAAAGUGAGCACUCACUAAAUCUUUGUUGUUACUGAUCCCUUCACUGUUGCCCCAGCUUUUUCCUACUUAAUGGAAUUGACGACCUUCCUGCCUUUCGGUGCCCAUUGAAAAAUUCUGUUCAACGUUCACUUAAUCUCAGAUGGUUGCGAUGACCAGAGUGUCCUCAAGGGGCUGGCCCUGGCAGGGCACUCCCCAGGCAGAAGCCCUGUCUUGGUGCAGGACACUGCCGCCUCUGGGGCUAACAGCCAGCUGCCAACACCUGGCCUGCUCAGGACCAUUAGAGCUUUGCAUUUCAAUGGCUCCCAUUGCCUACAAGUUCACGGCAUCCAGUUCAAAGACCUAAUUUUUUCUUUAUAUCCCGCCUUGUUCCAGAGGGAGAUGCUCCGUGAUCUCUCACUACAAAACUAGACCUUCAAAGUUGUCUUAGGACCCAGACCCCAUUGUCAGCUCAAUUUGGUCAUGUCAUCCGUUGGUUUGAUGGGGAUCUCUCCAGCGGGCAUCUACUCGGUGCUGGGCACAGGAGUGCAGUCGUGGAGGCCUCAGUCUUAGGGUCUUAGGUUCAGCCGGGGCUCCAGCCUAUGAAGCCCGUGGAUUAGUUGCCUAGAGCUGCCACAGCACAGUACCACAAACUGGGAGGCUUAUAGAAAGCAGAAAUGUAUUUUUUCCCAGUUCAGGAGGCUAGGAGUCUGAAAUCAGGGUGUAGUCUGGGCCAUAGUCCCUCCAAAGGCUCUAAGGGAAGAAUCCUUCCUUGCCUCUUCCCACUUCUGGUGGCCCAUGGCCUUCUUUGACUCAUAGCAGCACUAGCCGCACCCCCCCCCAUCUCUGCCUCCAUCUUCACUUGGCCGUCUUCUCCCCGGGUCUCUGUAUCUCCAAAUCUCCCACUCUUUAUAAGGACACCAUUGCAUCCAAAUAAAGUCACAUUCAUGGGUACUGGGUGUUAAGACUUCAAUAUAUCUUUCGAGAAGACACAAUUCAACCCAUAGCAGCCAAAGCAGCAAGAAACAAACAAAUGAGGGCAAAAUUUAAAUGAAAA